UUAGUUGGACACCGGUGUUCAGACGCACGGUAUAAUAACUUAAAAUUUUAAUAUAGUUACCAUUAAAAUACAAAUGUUACCACCAAGGUUAUUUUAGUUUAAAUGAUUAAUGAACGAUAUUUGUUUAUAAUGGCAAGAUGAAAGAACAAGACAUACGGUCUCCGUUAUGACUAUCUUUCUCGGCUCGGAUUAGUUUCUGUUUAAAAAGCAAUCAAAAGUAUACUUUAAUAUCUAGUAAUAAGGUUUAGUUUUGUAAUUACAAGUUUUGAAUUUUUAAGUCCUGUUAUAAGUACUAAGUCCAUGAUCAAUGGUGAAUGAAUAGGUACCUGAAUAUUCUACCCAGCAGUACCCAGUUUAUGUCACGUCAUGUAAAUGUCAUUCAGUUUCAUUUUGACGUUGUUCAAUUCAUUAAACAAAAAUAAUAGUCAUGGCGACUCCACAACAUAAUUCGGACGUGUUAGUUGUUUCACGAAAUGAGCAUUCCGAUUCAAAAGAACAUGUUUAUUUGGAAGAAACCUUUUAUAUCUUAUCAAAAAAGAAUUCAGUUUUCCGUGUUAGACUUACAUCCAAAGGAUUAUCGUUAAUGAAAGAGACUGAUGGCAAUUCAAAAGAACAAACAAUUUUGUUACGAGAUAUAAUUGGAAGUAAAUGCAUGAGAAGUAAGAGACGUCACCCCGGUGCUACAUCUUGUGUGUGCAGUUCACUUGUGGGUCACCAGCAGCUCAAAGUUGUCGACGAAAAUAGCGGAGAUUUGGAUGAAAAUGAUAUCAGUGCUUAUCUUUAUAUUUACGCAUAUAUACUAAAACAUAGCCGUCGUAAUUUGAAGAGGGAAAGGACCACAAUAACAUUGCGUUUCAGAUCGUUUGAUAAAUAUGAGGAUAAUAAUAAAGAAGCGCAGAAAUGGAGAACAACAUUGAAAUGUUUGAUAGCUGGUCAACCGAUUACAAAUGUACCACCGCCGAAUGAUAAGAAGUUGUUGAUUCUGUUAAAUCCUAAAUCGGGUCCAGGGAGAGCUAGAGAAUUAUUCCAGACUAAGGUAGCUCCGUUGCUUCAGGAAGCGGAGGUACCUUACGAACUUCACGUAACAAAACAUGCACAAUAUGCUCGGGAAUUUGUGCGUACUAGAAAUGUUUACGCCUGGAAAGGUAUUGUAGCUGUGGGAGGUGAUGGUGUACUCUUUGAGGUCCUGAAUGGAAUGUUCGAAAGGCUUGACUGGCAACAGGCAUUAAUGGAGGUACCUUUGGGAAUAUUGCCUUGUGGUUCCGGGAAUGGCUUGGCCAAAACUAUUUGUCAUUUAUACAAUGAACCAUACAUUGGCGAAAAUUUGACGGGGCUCACGAUGGCACUAGCGCGCGGCAAAGUCGCCCCGAUGGACGUAGUCAGAAUAGAAACUAAGACCAAGAUCAUGUUUUCAUUUCUAUCAGUCGGUUGGGGUUUGCUGUCCGACAUCGAUAUAGAGAGUGAGAGGUUACGAGCAAUCGGCGGUCACAGGUUCACCGUAUGGGCGGCUGCGCGUCUUGUCGGCCUCAGGCGUUACAAGGGCGUUCUUAGUUACGCUAAAAUUAAGGAUGUGAGCAAUCUGCCCAGACCGAAACUACCGCUCACCCUAAGCCACAGCAUAAGUCAGGACGGUGCGCUCGAUUCCCCUGAUGCGGAAGCGUUCAUUGAUUGUGACGAACACGCGGACGUAUUUACGAGCACUGUGAAUGGUAAACAUCAGCGCGUGGACUCUUGGUAUUCGGUAAAUUCGCGUCGAAGCGCGUUUUAUAGUACACGCGGUUCGGAGUAUCACAGUGUCACCAGUGGCGGUUCGGAAAUGAGGUCGCCGGUUCACGCCUGUAUGCAUGGCCCCGCCCCACAUCUGCCAUCUUUAAUGUCACAUCUACCUUCACAUUGGGUACAUGAGCAGGGCGAAUUUAUAAUGGUGCAUAUAGCGUAUCAGCAAUUUAUAGGAGAGGAUUUCCUGUUCGCGCCACGUUCGCAACUCUCUGAUGGAGUGAUAUGGAUGUUGGUCAUUAAAGCGGGAGUCUCCAGAUCGCAGCUCCUCUCCUUCCUUCUAGGAGCUGGGCAGGGUACUCACGCUGAAAUGAAUAAUGAAUAUAUAAAGAUGAUACCGGUCAGUGCAUUUAGAAUUGUACCCGAGGGCACUGAAGGUUAUCUAACGGUUGACGGUGAAUGUGUCGAGUACGGUCCUAUUCAAGGUGAGAUAUUCCCCAAUUUAGUUAACAUCUCAGUGCCAGACACAAAGAUAUAACUUACGAAUAUUUUAAUUGUUAUGUGGAUUAUUCUCGAACCGUCUGAAUAUUGGUAUCAGAAAAUAAACCGAGCCGAUUUUGUUGCCAUAUGCCAGAGAGGAUAUAACCGCAUACGAAAACUAUGGUUGUGUCAGAAAAUAUCUAAAUUUUACACCCAAAGUAUAAUUCCAAUAUCGUAAUAUGUGAUUUGAUCAUUCCAAUUACGUCGCUCUACGACUAAUCAGUAAAGACUUUUAUUCAUAGGUACCUUUAUAUCUUGUUGAUAAUUAUUUUGUUGUUUUAUGAUUAUGUAAGUGUGAUAAUAUUUUAAGUAAAUUUAAUAAACAAAAUUCGUUUAGUGACUAGUCAAACCUUCGAAAACUAAGUGAGUGCCAAAUAUUUAGCACCGUUUCUUUUUUUAAUUAUUGGUAAUCAGGAAUUUUUGAAAAGAAUGAAGGUACAUUGAUUCCUAUUUCCUAAUUAUUAUAAUUUUAUUUUAUUUAUAAAAAGUAGCUUGAAGCGAUAGUUUUUUUGCAAUGCAAUAGUAAUAAUUUUUUACCUAUAUUUAAUUUUGUUAUAAACAUUCUUGUUCUUGCAUAUAAGAUUUAAAUAUCUUUUUUAACAAUUUAUUAUUGUUUUUUAAAUGUCUAUAAGGGAUUUUCCAUUUUAUGUUAGUGAUGGUUAAUGAAAUUUAUUCUUAUUACGUAAUAAUAAUUACUAUAAGUUUACAGGGAUUAAAAUGGGUUUGGUUCAUGUUAUAGUGUGUACUUAUAUGGUGUAGUUUGUCGCAUAUAAGGCAAUAAUAUAUCAUGUGGCUUAUUAUUUGUAAAAGGUGAGAAGAUAUAUGGGUUCCAAUGGGCAGUAUUACUAAUUUAUUAUAGUGUAUUAUUUUUAAAUUCUUCUGUGAUGAUAGUCAUAAAAUUCUGCCAUAAUGGAGCUAUGUUACAGAGUUCAAAUAUUGAAACCCCAGUUGCCUAAUAAAAUAAACUGUUUCGGUUAAAAAACAUGUGAUAAUUUAUAAGAUUUAAAUUUUCUUAAAUUUCCGUGAUUGAGAUCUUGCCAAUCUUAUGUUUUUAUCUUAAAUUACCUAUAUAAAAGAAUCAAGUUUUCAAAGAGUUUUCAUCAUAUCAGAUUAGCACGAUAUAA